AUGUCGGAGUCAGUGGAGCAUUGUGCUUCGUGGAAGACCCUUGGGCCAAUGUGGUGGAGGGCAAUAGUGGUCAACAGGCAAGAAACAAGAGGCCACAUAGGAACCCGGCAGGAGGCAACAAAGAAUUUACAGAUGCAACUGAGAAAACGGCAUAUACAAGUCCGGGAGGAUACGGACAAAACAAAGAGACAAAGCUGA